ACAGAGUGAGAGCACAGGUUAAAUAUAGAGCAGAGCCUCAGUGCUGAUGACCGGGAACAAGCAGGCGUAAAGAGAGAGGCUGAACAUCCUGCGGCAAAAAGAGAACUUAUUUUAUUUCAGCUCAGAGAAAGAGUCUGUUUAUUCUCAUCUCUGCCCUCGCACGAUCCCCUCCUCUCUCUCUCUGUCUUCAGUUCUCACUCAUACUCUCUCGGCCAGUGAGCAUACAGCCCAAACUUGGAGAGGACAAAGCUUCACCAUGCUCCAACUUUGGCAGAAAAGAAGACACAGUGAAGGCUGGAUUUAAGAGUUAAAGGAACGAAGACAGACGCGCUGGUGUGACGAGUGCUGGAGAAGAAGUGAAGCAUUAAUAAGGACCGGAGUCAUUUUGGGACCGAACAGCUGUGACACUAAGAGCUACCAGGUAAAAACAUGCGAUCCAGGACCUGCACCAUGGAAGGUCCAGAUGAUGGACACAUCCAGCCCAGUAAAGGUUUCAUCAAGCAGGAAGAUGAAAACAUGUCAGAGCUGACGAAGAGGAAGAUGAAAGUUCACAGAGAGGAGAAGGAUGGGAGGACGGGGGUGUCGGGCUCAGCGAAGAAACCUCAGAAAGCUGCAGAGAGCCAGAAGCCAGGAACACCAGAUCUGUCCAAGAAGGACCUGCUUCACCUGCUGGGAGUCAUGGAGGGAGAAGUUCAGGCCAGAGAGGACAUCAUUGGGCUGCUGAAGUCGGAGAGAACCCGUCCUGAGACUCUGGAGGCCCACUACGGCUCCGCUGUGCCCACCAAACCCCUGCAGGCCCUGCAGAGAGACGCCCUGCUCACCCACAGUGGCAGCAGAACAGACGAUGUGUACGAGAAGCCCAUGGCUGAGUUGGACCGUCUGGAGGACAAACAGAAGGAGACGUACAGACGGAUGCUGGAGCAGCUGCUGCUGGCUGAGAAAUGCCACCGCCGCACCGUCAUGGAGCUGGACAACGAGAAGCGAAAGCACGCUGACUUCAUCAACAAGAGCGAUGACUUCACCAACCUGCUGGAGCAGGAGAGAGAGAGACUCAAAAGGCUUUUGGAGCAGGAGAAGGCUUACCAGGCUCGUAAGGACAAGGAGCACAGCAGAAGGCUAGAGAAGGUCAGAGCAGAGCUGGUGAAGCUCAAGUCCUUUGCCCUGAUGUUGGUAGACGAGCGGCAGCUGCACAUCGAGCAGAUUGACCAGCAGAGCCAGAAGAUCCAGGAUCUCACUCAGAAGCUUCAGGAAAAAGAGCAGCGACUGGUGUCUGUUAGCGACACCGCCAAGGAAAGCAGCCAGAACGUCCUAAAGCUGGAGGCCGAACUAGAGCAGAGAGCAGCAAAGUUCACACAGGAGCAUGAGGAGAUGACCGCCAAGCUGGCGAACCAGGAGUCCCAGAGCCGGCAGCUGAGGCUGAAGCUGGCUGGGCUGACACGCAAGAUUGAAGAGCUGGAAGAGAGCAACAAAGUUCUGCAGAAAUCAGAGGAGGACCUGCAGGAGCUGAGGGAGAAGAUCAGCAAAGGAGAGUGUGGGAAUUCUUCUCUCAUGGCCGAGCUAGAGAAUCUGCGUAAGAAAGUGUUGGAGAUGGAGGGCAAAGAUGAGGAGAUUACCAAAACAGAGACUCAGUGCAGGGAGCUGAGGAAGAAGCUGCAGGAAGAGGAGAACCACAGCAAGGAGCUGAAGUUGGAAGUAGAGAAACUCCAGAAGAGAAUGGCUGAAUUGGAGAAACUGGAGGCUGUCUUUAACAGGAGCAAAACGGAGUGCUCACAGCUUCACGCAAACCUGGAAAAAGAGAGACGCGUCGUGAAGGAUUUGGCCGGUGAGCUGGACAUGAUGAAAACCCGGAUGAAGGAACUCGAGUCCUCAGAGUCCAAGUUUGAAAAAGCAGAAAUGACCCUUAAAGACGAGCUCAUGAAGCUGAAGUCCUUCACAGUUAUUCUGGUAGAUGAACGCAAAAACAUGGCAGAAAGACUCAAACAGGAGGAGCUAAAAAGUGAUGAUUUAAGUAAGAUGUUCAAAGCAGAGCAGGGGAAGGUGACAGAGGUCACAGAGAAGCUGAUAGAGGAGAGCAAAAAAGUUCUGAAAUUCAAAUCGGAGAUGGAGAUCCAGGUGACGACGCUUACCAAAGAGAGAGAUGAGUUAAAGAAUAAACUGGCAGGUGAAGAGGAAAAGUGUAGGGAGCUAAAUGGCAAGCUGAGUGGGAUGAAGAUGACGAUAGACAGACACGAGGAGACUGAGAGGGAAAUGCAGAGAAAGUGGGCCAGCAAGGAAAAUAACCAAAAUCCAGAAGAAGACAACAAAGUAAGAGAGCUCACGCUAGAAAUCGAAAGACUGAAGAGCCGGCUCAAACAUCUUGAGGUUGUUGAGGGAGAUUUGAUGAAAACCGAAGAUGAGUAUGAUCUGCUUGAAAAGAAAUUCCGGACAGAGCAGGAUAAAGCAAACGCUCUCUCAAAGCUUCUGGAAGAGAUGAAAAGUCAGAUUGCCCGAAACAAAGCCAUAGAGAAAGGAGAAGUCAUGAGUCCUGAGGCUGAGCUGAGAAUUCGCUGCAAGAUGGAGGAGGCCAAAACCAAAGAUCUGCAGGCAGAUGUUCUGGCUUUAAAGGAGAAAAUCCACGAGCUGAUGAACAAAGAGGACCAGCUCUCCCAGCUGCAGGUUGACUUCUCUGUCCUCCAGCAGAGGUUUAUGGAGGCAGAAGAGAAGAAUAAGAGCAUGAGCCAAGAAAUGCAGAACCUCAACAAGGAGCUUGAAGCCGCCAAGCGGUACAGUCGUGCCUUGAGGCCCAGCAUGAACGGCAGGAGGAUGGUGGAUGUCCCAGUUACCUCCACAGCCGUUCAGACAGAUGUGAUGGCCAGCGAGCCUGCGGAGGAUGAGACGGCAGCGGGCUUUAUCCGGAAAUCAGUUCUUGAGGAGAACCACUUGAUGAGUAACCUCAGGCAACACAGUCUCAAGAAGCCAACAGUUCUCGAACGAUACCCUCCAGCUUCAGCAGAACUUGGAGCCAAAAAGUCUUGGAUACCCUGGAUGAAAAGGAAGGAGGCCAUCACACUGACUCAGACCACUCCUGAGAAGACCAAUGGGGUCUCUUCGCUUUAUCCACCGGAGGCAACCAUGUCCCAAAAACCGGGUCAGCCACUUCAUAUCCGAGUGACGCCGGAUCACGGGAAUAGCACUGCCACCUUGGAGAUCACCAGCCCCCGAGCUGAAGAUUUCUUCUCCAGCACCACCAUCAUCCCGACUCUCGGUCUUCAGAAACCCCGCAUCACAAUCGUCCCUAAACCCACGACCGUGACCUCAAAGACCAAAACCUGUGACAGAAUGGAAGGUCUCAAUCGAUCCAAAUCUCCUGUCACAAUCACCACCAUCUCCAGAGCAAAGAGUCCAGAGAGGAAUGGCGGGAGCAGCCAUCAAUCACCGGUGUCCAUCAUCACGGUCAGCACCACCCCUGUGGCUGAAGCGUGCGCUUUAUCUGAGCCUCACGAAGUUUCCACAGGCCGCACAGUAAUCAAGGUGACCCCAGAGAAGCAGCCUGGAACUACACCUGUCAGGAAAUACAACAGCAACAUCAUCACAACGGAGGACAACAAGAUCCACAUACACCUGGGUCCACAGUUUAAGAGGCCGUCUGAGGCCUGCAGCAGUCCUGUGCUGACACUCAGGCCAACUGGCCUGAGUUCAGAAAGCAGAGAAACGGGAACAGUUCUCCGCUCUCCACGCCAAGCCUCGAUGGGGAAAACCACUCCGAGCAAAAUGACAAGCAGCAUAACGAUCACGCCCAUCACCUCGGCCGCCUCCAGGCCGACACAGUCAGUGCCCGGUGCAGAUGUGCAGUGCAGUCGGAGCACCGCCACACGGAUCCCUGUGUCAAAAGGUUCACUGAUGGACGCUGGCACAGUAAACUGGCGUCGCUGAGCCAUGAAGAAUGGUGAAGAUGAUGGGAGACUUUUAACAACAAAAACAAGAAGAAGAAAAAAAUCAGAAGCUUCAGUACAUGAUGCAAACAGUCACACCUCCCACUUCUGAUGAUUCCCAUCCCCCCCUUUGUGUUCACAAACAAACACCUUCCAUUAGUGGAAUAAAUUAACACCAUAAAAUGGAAUUAUUAUUAUUUGGGGGCUUUUUAUCCUUUAUUAUAACAGGGAAGCCAGGAGAGAGAGGAGUGGGAAAACACUCAGUUAAUUCAGAUGUGGGGCAAUCGCCUUGUGGCUUCUUUGUAUCUGCUCAACCCAGUGAGGUGUACUGGCACGCUGUUUUACCUGCUUUAAUACAUUUUAAAUGACAAAUAUUUAAAAACACAUUUGAGGCUUUUGAAGUUACAUUUAUGAUUAUUUGGCAUCAAAUCGUUAACAAUUUUAGUCCGUAUUGCCAGGCAGGAGCAGAGGUUCAUGGACAGAGGAUUGGUGUGAAAGAGAAUGAUAGGAUGAGAUAGGAUGAUGUAGAGGCACUGUGGUAAUCCACUGUGGCGACCCUUAAAGGGAGCAGUGGAAAGAAGAAGAAGUGUUCUUUCUUUUCUUUCUUUUUUGCUAAAUCAGUUUUAAAACAUACAUGAAAUGAAAUAAAAACAAAACAAAACAAACAAACCUGUUUUGAAAGCUGCUGAAUAUCCUGCAGAAGACAUGAAGAUAAUGAAUGACACACAGUGUCUCUGAUGGUUUAUUUGCCAUAUUAUUUAUGUGGAUAUAAACAUAUGCAUACAGUGCUUGGAAAUUUCAAUUCGAAUCCUUGAAUAUCUUGCUUUUUGCUAUUCUUUUUCAAUAUACAUGUAUGCUGUUUGAAGCCUAUGUGAUGGCUUUCUGAGACUUUAUUCACACACACGGAUAUUCUCAGUGAAGAACUUCUUCAUGCUGAUAGAAUUAA